AUGACGACCCCUCAACUGGCCAUCGCGAAGGUCAACUUCAGCGCUGUCCUUUUCCGCAAAGAGCCGACGCCUCUGACCCGCCCCCAAAUCGAGUCGUUCCACACCCUGCUCUCUGAUGCCAUCUCGAAAUGCUCCCCUGCCAACGUUCAGAAAUGCAAGCGCUGGAUCCUUGACCACCUAUGCGCAUCGCCGGCACGCGUCGCAGCCCUAGGCAAAUAUCUGGUAGCCUUGUCGAGCUCCCUGACCGGUGAUGGUGCCGUCGGCGUCAGGAGACCAUCUGCGAAGCGCAGGCAGCUGCAUAUCCUCUAUGUCUUGAAUGACGCCAUCUACCAUACAAGUAGCCGGCAGCACAAUGCUGGUUUUGCAAAGGAGAUCGAGGGCAGCUUGCCCAGCCUGUUCCGCCAAGCAGCGAGCUUCCAGAACAGUCCAAAGCAUAUGAGCAAGCUCGGUAGCCUGUUGUCACUCUGGGAUGAAGAGCGUUACUUCUCACCUGGUCUGAUUCAGGACCUGAGGGACAUCCUGCGAGCAGGUCCGCAGAGCCUCACGGCCGCUCAGACGACGAACGACGACGCAAAAGCCAGCUCUGGCCAGGCCAGCGGUGCAAGAUCUGGGAGGGAGGUUCCAUACCUUUUGCCCUCGAUGCACGGCGACCCUCGGCUGUCGUGGUAUGACCUGCCCGCGGCCAAUUGGCUCCCUCACCUGACGCCCAAUUCGACGAAGCCCAUGCACCCCGACAUGAUCAAGCCUCUUCAGCUAGCAUCCGGUCCCGCCGACAAGGCCCUCGCACAGGCCGUCAAGAAUCUUCUCCAAGAUGUGGAGAGCAUCUACAGCAAGGAAGCGACGGGCGACGAAGACUCGCUGGUGGACCGGAACGAGAUGGGGGAGCACGUCAUCAUCGAUGAGAUCACGGGGGACAUCAUUGGCGGCACAACAUACUACGGCUGGUCGCGGGGGUUCUGCGAAAAGAUGAAGCAGCGAAAGAAAACCGCCAAGCUGGGUCCCAUGAGCCGUGGCCGCGAGCGCUCGCAGGCGUCCAGUCGCUCGAGGAGCCCGUCUCGAGACAGAUCAAGGAGUCGCACCAACUCACCGCCAGCCUUCAAGCGACGAAGAUUGUCCCGCGAAAGCCCGAGCCCGAGCCGCAGCCGAAGUCGCAGUCGUGGCCGGAACCGUGACACCGCACGACGUAGCCCCGAGCCAAGAGGACGAUUCCGGCCUCAGUCUUACAGUAGAUCGAGAUCUCGAACACCCCCUCGGCGGUACAUUUCACCAUCCUCUACAUCGCGAGAUCACGAUCUCGGUCUGGGUCGUAGCCGGGACCGUGACGACCACGCUCACUACGACUCGACAGCCAACGCACAACGCGGACGCCCGCCACCCCCUCCGCCGUCCUUGGCGCCACCAUUGCCCUUCCCACCUCCGCCGCCCGGCCCUGGCGGUGGGGAGUUUGCACACUUUGGGCUCCAAGGGUCUUGGCCACCACCGCCUCCGCCUCCGCCUCACCUGGGCAUGGGCGGACCGCCGCCGAACUGGUUUCCCCCCGUACCACCACCUCCAGGGGGUCCAGGGGCCAAUUGGCAGCAGCACCAGCAACAACCGCCACCGCCGCCGCCGCCACCGCUGCACCAGUAUAGUCAGCCGCAGCAGUCGUACGGGAGGGGGGGCUACAGCAGCCGCAGCAGCCACGACAGGGGCAGAGGACGGUGGAGGUAG